AUGGCGACCACCAAGAUAGUAUACAGCUGCAUUGCCAGAGGAUCAACAAUCCUUUGCAGCUACCAGACUGCGCCGACGCAGUGUAGCACGGAAGCGGAAGCUGCAGUUGUCCUUGACCUUAUGAUCCCUGACCGAAGGCUGAAGAGACAUGGCCGCUGUACAUUCCAUACACCAAAUUAUACUUUCUACUGUGUGGUCAGGAAAGGCAUGGUUUACAUGUGUGCCUCAAAUCCGGAGAGCGAAAAGAGAACGAACUACCUCUUUCUGUCAGAUGAAAAGAAAACUUUCAUGCAGGCGGGUUUAAUGGACAAGGUCUCUGAGGCCACGUCACACUCUUUGGACGCUGUCUUUAGGAACCAGCUGGCUCAACUAACGCUGAAACAUUUCAGUAUCGGCCCAAGCUUGGAAAUACUGCAAUCUGAUCUUCACGAGGUGAAGAUAACAAUCGGUCAGAAUUUCGACAAAUUGAUGGCAAGAGGGGAGAAUUUGGAUUACCUUACAGCGAAGGCAAAGGACUUGGAAUCGGCGGCCGAAUCCUUCAAAGUGACAAGUAAUAACUUAGAGAAACACGGCUGUUGUAGUUUUUACCGCUGGCGUAUUUUAGCUGGAGUUAUCGCAGGCAUUGUGUUAUUUGUCGUGAUAAUGUUUGUUCUCUGGCUCACUGGUGUGAUAAGAGACGGGCCCCUUCCCUGGGAACCUGAACUCCCACCAAUUAUUCCCUUGUUCCCACCCGCACCCCCAUCUGAAAAUAAUUAG